ACAAGUGGCUGAGAUGGUGAGAAAAGCGGAGAAGAUGAUGAAUGAUGUUUGUCUGACAAGUCCAUUUGGGAGUAGCGAUUGUUCGACGACGAUGAUGGCGAGGUUUGUCUCUGUAUCGUCUCCUCAGUUUCCUUCCGUCUUCCGCGAGCUCCCUCCUUCAUCGUCAACUCUUUAUCCGAGACGCUUCGAGGUCUAUCACCGGAGAUUUUCAAUCAAAUGUUCUUCAUCUAAGCCGGAAGAUGGUGUAGAUUCGGCGCCGUCUUUGUCUUCCUCCUCAUCGUCGCCGUCCACAAGUGAAGUACCUAUCGACACUUCGUCAUACAACUUGUACACCGUACUCGGCGGUAUUGGGAUGCUAGACACCGCGUAUUUGACUUACCUCAAGCUCACUGGCUCCGAUGCCUUCUGCCCUGUUGGUGGUGGUGGUGCUUGCGGCGAUGUCUUAAACAGCGAUUACGCCCUUGUUUUCGGUGUUCCUCUGCCAGUGAUUGGGUUUAUUAUGUAUGGCUUAGUAACCGCUCUAAGUGCACAGCUUGGGAAUGCGGAAGGGAAUCUACCCUUUGGAGUCAGUAAGACCAACGGGCGUCUUGCGUUGUUCGCGGCCACGACUACAAUGGCAUCUGCUAGUGCAUAUUUCCUCUAUAUCCUUAGCACAAAACUCUCAGGAUCAUCGUGUCUCUACUGUCUACUGUCUGCUUUCCUUUCGUUUACUCUAUUUUUCCUCUCUUUAAAGGAUGUGAAGUUGCAAGAGAUACAACAAGUUGUAGGAUUGCAGAUAUGCUUGGCAAUCAUAGUAGUUGCCUCCUUAUCUGCUUCCUAUAGUUCUGCUCAACCAAUCUCUACACGAUCAGGUGACAUUGAACUGCCAUAUUAUUCAACGGAGAUCACUACAUCGUCCAGUCCUUAUGCUGUUGCUCUAGCAAAACAUCUAAACUCCAUUGGAGCUAAAAUGUAUGGAGCAUUCUGGUGUUCACACUGCCUAGAGCAAAAAGAGAUGUUUGGAAGAGAAGCAGCAAAACUACUGAACUACGUGGAAUGUUUUCCGGAAGGGUAUAAGAAAGGAGUUCAAAUAUUCAAGGCGUGUUCAGAUGCUAGGAUCGAAGGAUUCCCGACAUGGAUGAUAAAUGGCCAGGUCUUAAGCGGAGAAGUAGAACUCGCUGAACUAGCGGAGAUGUCUGGAUUCACCCUUGAUCAGGCAGAUGAGGCCAAUCAACUUAAGUAACUGUUGUAGUUGUUGCCAAAUGCUCUUUACUUGAUCCGGAUAGUUAAUAGGGCGUUCUAUGUAAAUGCAAGUGAUUGAAGUUCUUAUUAUUGCCAUAGGAAGUUAUAAUCACGCCCUAUGCCAAUAAAGAUACUUAGGUUCCACAAAAUUGUUAGGUUCAACUAAUAAUUCGAGAAUCUGCCGUCAUCUAGUAGUGGAUGUAUUAAUGCCUAGAAGUGAGGUUAAUGUUAAGAGUCACCCAUGUAUGUAUGUUGUAUGCUUAAUGAUAUAUGCGUGUAGGUGUAUCAUGUAUGUAUAUGGGUGUAUUGGAAACUUAGAAAAAAUAUGUUAUUGAUAUAAUGCAUGAUUAUAUAUGCCUUCA